AUCAAAGUCGUCGUCGGUGCUCACUUCAGUCGCGAUCUUGUUUCUUCUUCGUCUUCCUUAGUCUCUGGCGCCGCUUUGUCUCAGUCGCAAUCUCAACAACGAUAUGGAGAAAGACAUGGCAUUGAAUUUGAUGAUGGGGGACAAACUGGUACUGAGAGGUUUGAAAUUUUACGGUUUCCAUGGAGCGAUUCCUGAAGAGAAGACACUUGGCCAGAUGUUUAUGCUUGACAUAGAUGUUUGGAUGUGUCUCAAAAAGGCUGGUCUAUCUGACAACUUAGAUGAUUCCAUCAGCUAUGUCGACAUUUACAACUUGGCAAAAGAAGUUGUACAAGGGUCAUCAAGAAACCUUCUGGAGGCAGUAGCAGAACUUAUAACGUCCAAAACUUUGGAAUCAUUCCCUCAGGUUAAAGCUGUUCGACUGAAGCUAUGGAAGCCAAAUGUUCCUCUUAUCCAAAGCGCUAUUGAUUGUUUAGGUGUUGAGAUUUUCAGAAACCGCUCUACUGAUUAAACCACUACUACUACUACUACUACUACCCUCAAACAAGACUUCUUUGUAAUCUCAAUUUUUAAUUCUGUUGUGUUUUCUGUUUGUUUGUCUAAGUUUGUAUCCUUGAAAUUUUCGUAUUCAUAUCCAAAAAUAACACUUAUAACAUCGAGAGAUUUGGGGGAAUGAAUGUAUUUUAUGUACUUGAUA